AUGGUGGACACGUCUGGAUAUGGCUUGCUGAAGCAUCUGCGAAAACUGAGUGACGGGGAGUUCUGGAGCUUUAAAGAGCUUCUCAGGAAAGAGCCAGAGAAAUUUAAGCUCAAACCAAUAUCCUGGAUGAAAAUUGAGAAUGCUUCCAAAGAAGAACUGGUAAUGCUAUUGAACACACAUUAUCCAAAACAGGCAUGGGAUAUGGCGUUGAGCCUGUUUCUACAGGUCAAUCGGGAAGACCUCUCAAUCAUGGCUCAGAAAAAGAGGAGAUAUAAACAAACUAAAUAUAAAAAGUUUAUGAAGACUACAUUUCAAAGCAUAUGGACAUUGGAGAGCAACAUUUGUAUACCUGAUAGAAGCUACCAUUUAAUUGUAGAACACCAGUACAGAAAACUGCAGAACAUAUUUGAUUCUGAAUCAGAGCCAGUCACUGCAGUUGUAACAGGUCCAACAGGAGAAGGAAAAACCGUUUUCCUGAGAAAAGCAAUGUUGGAUUGGGCAUCAGGAAUUUUAUGGCAGAACCGGUUUCAAUAUGUUUUCUUUUUCUCUGUCCUCUCACUUAACAAUACCACAGAGUUAAGCUUAGCUGAGCUUAUCUCAAGUAAGUUACCUGAGUCUUCAGAGACACUGAAUGACAUUUUAUCUGAUCCAAAGAAAAUCUUGUUUAUCCUGGAUGGAUUUGAUUACCUGAAAUUUGACUUGGAACUCAGGACAAACUUGUGUAAUGACUGGAGGAAGAUAUUGCCAACACAAAUCAUCUUGAGUAGUUUACUACAGAAAAUAAUGCUCCCAGAAUCCUCUUUGCUUCUUGAAUUAGGACAUAUAAGUUUACCAAAAAUCUUCCCUUUGCUGCAGUAUCCAAGGGACAUAACUAUCCAAGGAUUCUCUGAGCGGUGUCUAAAGACCUAUUUUAUAUCCUUCUUCAAUACUGAAAAAGGCAUAGAAGUCUUUGAGAAUUUGAAGUCUAAUCAAAUGCUCAAAUUAUGCAGCAAUCCUUAUCUAUGCUGGAUGUUCUGUAGUUGUUUAAAGUGGCAGUUUGACAGGGAAGAGGAAGCGUACUUUCAGGCUAAAACAGAUUCGGUCUUCUUCACAAGCUUUAUGGUUAGUGCAUUCAAAUCAGCAUAUGCCAGUAAUCCACCUAAACAAAACAGAGCCCAAUUAAAGAGCCUGUGUACCUUGGCUGUAGAAGGAAUGUGGAAACAGUUGUUUGUUUUUGACUCUGAAGAUCUCAGGAGGAAUGGUAUAUCUGAAUCAGAUAAGGCAGUGUGGCUGAGAAUGAAAUUUCUCCAGAAUCAUGAUAACCACAUUGUGUUUUAUCAUCCUACACUACAGUUAUACUUUGCUUCCAUGUUCUAUUUCCUCAAACAAGACAAAGACACGCAUGUCCCAGUCAUUGGAAGCAUACCUCAACUCCUAAGAAAAAUUUAUGCUCGUGACCACACACAAUGGCUCCAGAUAGGGAUUUUUUUGUUUGGACUCGCCACUGAGCAAGUUGCCUCCUUGCUCAAACCAUACUUUGGCUUUAUACAGCACAGAGAUGUAAGACAGGAAGUCAUGAGAUACCUUAAGAGUCUCAGUCAACGAGAGUGCUGUGAGAAAUUGGAAAGACCCCAGAAUUUGUUUGCCUGUCUACGUGACAACAAGGAGGAAAAAUUUGUAAGAGAAGUGGUAGAUCUAUUUGAAGAAAUUACUGUUGAUAUUACUAAUUCACAUGUAUUGUCAAUAAUUGCAAACCAUCUUCAGAAAUCCUCCAAAUUAAAGAAACUUCACCUGCAUAUACAAAAGAGAGUUUUUUUAGAAAUUCAUGACCCAGAAUAUAGUGACUCAGAAACCUUUACACAGGACAAAAAAAAUGCAGCUGAAUAUUGGAAGAAGUUAUGUCAUAUUUUUGUCAACUUACAUGUGUUGGAUCUGGACAGCUGUAAUUUCAACAAACAGGUCAUAGAGGAACUCUGUAAUGUGCUGUCUCCAUCACCUAAGAUACCUCUGAUGGCUUUUAAGCUCGAAAGCUUGUUGUGUUCAUUCAUGACUAACUUUGGAGAUGGUUCACUAUUUCACACCCUUCUUCAGCUACCUCACCUGAAAUACCUAAACCUGUAUGGCACCAACCUCUCCAACAGUAGGAUUGAGAAUCUGUGCUCUGCUCUGAGACGCUCAACAUGCAAAGUAGAGGAACUACUGUUGGGUAAAUGUGACAUAUCAAGUGAGGCAUGUGGCAUAAUUGCUACUUCCCUUAUGAACUCUAAAGUGAAACAUCUCUCAUUGGUUGAAAAUCCCUUGAAGAACAAAGGAGUGAUGUCACUGUGUGAAAUGCUGAAGGAUCCAAGCUGUGUCCUUGAGACACUGAUGUUGUCUUACUGCUGUCUCACAUUCAUUGCCUGUGGCCAUCUCUAUGAAGCCCUUGUGAGCAAUAAACACCUCUCCCUGCUUGAUCUGGGGUCAAAUUUCCUGGAAGAUACUGGAGUGAACCUUCUGUGUGAAGCUUUGAAAGACCCAAACUGCAUCCUCAAGGAGUUAUGGUUGUCAGGUUGCUUUUUAACUUCAGAAUGCUGUGAGGAGAUCUCUGCUGUCCUGACUUGCAAUAAUAAUCUAAAGACCCUGAAACUGGGCAACAAUGACAUAGAAGACACUGGUGUCAAACAUUUAUGUGAAGCCCUGAGUCAUCCUAACUGUAAAUUAGAAUGUCUUGGGUUAGACCUGUGCAAGUUCACAAGUGACUGUUGUGAAGACCUGGCCUCAGCUCUCACCACCUGCAAAACACUGAAUAGCUUAAAUCUGGACUGGAAAACCUUGGAACACUCUGGAGUCGUGGCUCUCUGUGAGGCUUUGAAUCACAAGAAAUGUAACUUGAAGAUGCUUGGACUGGACAAAUCUGCAUUUUCUGUGGAAUCGCAGACAUUACUGCAAGCUGUGGAAAAGAAAAACAAUAAUCUGAGUAUUUUACAUUAUCCCUGGGUUGAAGAGGAACGCAAGAAGAGGGGUGUUCGUCUGGUCUGGAACAGCAAGAAUUGA